GGGUUGUGUAGAAAUCUGUUGAAUGACUUUGCCACCAGGGGGCGUGGUCACGUCUGGCAAUCAUAGCAACAGCCUUCAUCCGGAUGACGGAUUUAAACAGAACAUCAAUCUGCUGCUGACUUGUGAUUGUACAUCCAACUAAAUUCUGAUAUUUACUUCGUCAGUUCUGAUCAUGAAGAAAACAGUAAUAUGAAUGGAACCCCCCUCCCCCCCGCUCCGUCUCCCCCCGCCUGUCUCUCACCUUUCUGUUCAUCUCUUCCCCCCUCUCCCCCCUCUCCCUCCGCCCCCCUUCCCUCUCUCCCCCCCUCUCCAUCAUAUCGCAGUUUCAUCCACCCGUGUGCUCCUCCAGCUUGUCGCUCAGCCUCGCUCCAGUAAAAGUGAGGUCAGUGAGACAGCUGUGUGUGCAGGUAGAAAAGCCAGCAGAGAUCAGAGGAAGGACUGGAACACAUCUGUGUAAAGAGAAUUAACACAGUGAGACGACAGGGAAUCUCGCUCCAAGCCAGGAUCCGAUCCCAUGAGGAGACGAUGUGGCAGCCUAAUGAGAGUCAGGACUGCAGUCCUAUAUGGCGAAUGUGUUAGAGCCCACGGUGUGCCCAUGGCAGUGACUGUACGGAACCAGUGCCUACUUCUUCCUGCCAGCUUUGUGGACUAGAUAUUAUCUACUUUCUUUUUCCACAAUUUCUCCUCAUCAUGAAGACCAAGUCAUAUGCUCUGUCUUCUGCGAACGUUGCCCUUCUGCUCUUUCCUUCUCUUCUUCUGCUAUUUUCAGCACCAGACCUUGUCUGUGGUGACUGCUGGCUCAUCGAGGGGGAUAAGGGCUACGUAUGGCUGGCCAUCUGCAGUCAGAACCAGCCGCCGUAUGAGACGAUCCCUCAGCACAUCAACAACACGGUGCACGAUUUACGUCUAAAUGAGAACAAGCUCAAGGCCAUCUUCUUCUCGUCACUGAGCCGCUUCACGAACCUGACAGACCUCAACCUGACCAAGAACGAGAUCUCAUACAUCGAGGACGGUGCCUUCGCUGGCCAGGCGAACCUUCAGGUGCUGCAGCUGGGCUACAACAAACUGACCAAUCUGACCGAGGGCAUGUUGCGAGGACUGGGACGUAUACAAUGCCUCUUCUUGCAGCACAAUCUCAUUGAGGUCAUUGCCACAAAUGCCUUCUGGGAAUGCCCCAGCCUCAGCAGUCUGGACUUGUCCUCUAACAAGCUGGCUCGAUUGGACUCGUCCACGUUCAGAGUGUUAGGAAGGCUGAUGGUGUGUGAGCUGGCAGGGAACCCGUUUCACUGUGGCUGUGAUCUAUACAGCUUCCUUGUUUGGUUGGAGGCCUUCAACAAUGUCACACACACCUACGAUCGAUUACAGUGUGAGACUCCACGGGAGCUUUUCGGCUAUCCUUUGCUAAGUCCCGUCGGAGGACCUGGUCGAAGUGCUCUCAACAUCCUUGCCUCCAUGUGCAGAGAUGGAGUGUUUAUCCCAGGGAUGACUUCAUUGCCACCGGAUUUGGAUUCCUCGGGCAUGGGGCCUGAUAUGUUUGAUCGUUUUCAGCCCACGACCUUGUCUUCCUCUGAGAACACAUUCAGUCCCAGUAUCACACUUCAACACGUGUCUCUUUCUUCAGCGUCCCUGCUCGUGCAGAUACCGCGGCCCUACAGCAAGAUGUACAUCUUAGUACAGUACAAUCAGAGCUUUGUUUCUGAUGUGAUGAACCUGAAAAACAAGAAGGAGCUCAUUACACUAAACAAGCUCCUACCAAACACCAACUACACUUUUUGUGUGGCCUCCAUACGCAACUCACAGCGUUUUAACCACACCUGUCUUCACUUUUCCACUCGGACUCCUACUACAGAUGACUUACUACCCACCCCAUCCACUACCACACAUUACAUUAUGACCAUUGUGGGCUGCCUGUUUGGGAUGCUGAUUGUUCUUGGCCUGGUUUAUUACUGUUUAAGGAGGCGUCGAAGGCAAGAAGAGAAAGAAAAAUCAAUUUGUGUAAAAAAGACCAUCCUAGAAAUGCGAUAUGGACCCGAGGUUGCAGCUUCGGCUGCCAGUGAUCCGUCAGCAGUGCAGAAGCUACAUGACCAGACCCACCACCAACAUCACCAUGGAAAGCUCUCCAUGUCCUCCUCUGGCUCAGGCAUGCUCGGUCAUGGCCCUGGUAAUACCAGUUCCUCGCGUCUCUCCACCAUUCCUCAAGUAGAGAAGCUGGCCACGGCCUUCUCUGAGGCAAUGGCAACCAAGAGCAACUACAUGGAUGUUAGGACCUCAGGAGCAGGAGACGAGAGAGGGCGAGAUGGAGUAAGGCAUGCUGUUAGAGCAGAAGACCUAAUGGAGGAAGAGGGUAGUGACCUGUUAGAUGACUCGGAUGGUGAAGAUUGUCGUGGGUCAGCAUCUGAGAUCUCUACUAUUGCAAUGGAAGUUGAUAAGGUUAACCAGAUCAUUAAUAACUGCAUUGAUGCUCUUAAACUCGACUCUGUAGCAGCUGCAGUGUCCUCUGCCACCACACUGAGUGGUAAUCCCACAUCACCACCACCUAGUAGCACUUCCUCCAUAACCAGAGGGCUAAUACCACUUCCCCCCGGUAUCAGCGAAGCCUGUCAGGUCCUGCAAUCCCCAAAAAUUCCUCCUCCACCUCCUCUGCCUCUUACAACUUCCCUUUCUGAAAGGCCAGGGAUUACAGGAGGCGGCUUUGUCUCGCCGCCAUAUCGUCCACCGCCACCAGCAACGGCAGUGAGACCUAUUCAGCGACAGAUGAGUGCAGAUGCAGCUGUGAUUGUCAGCUCUUCUAAGAAGCAUUGUGGUCCUGUUAGUGGAAAAGCUCGGGUGUACAGCCUGGAUGUGCCAGAACCACGUAGUCCUGAUCCCUGUCAGUAUCCUGAGAAGGGAAGCCCGAUCCGCUGUGGGAAACCUCUGGAUAAACUACCCUUGGUUGGUGGUGGUGUAGGUUGUAAAAUGGAUGGAGUCAAUGUGGAUGGUGUGAGACUUCAGCAGCACUUGGAGGUACAUCCAGACUUCCACUGUGCAGAGCAUCGUCAUUCGGUCCCUGCCCUUUAUUACGAGGGCUCCCAUGAUUCCCCUGCACAAAGAGCAUCUUUCCUCAAGCCCCUGUCACGUGCCAAGAGAGACGCUGGUUCUUAUUCUCAGCUAUCGCCCCACCAACAAAAUUACUCCGGGUACUCGUCCAGUCCGGAGUACUCCACAGAAAGCACACUGCGAAUCUGGGAGCGCUUCCGUCCAUACAGAAAGGGUCCACACGAGGAGUCCUGUUACAUUACAGCCGGAAAUGCACUGCGCAAGAAGGUCCAGUUUGCCAAGGGGGAGGACCUACAUGACAUCCUGGACUACUGGAAGGGUGUGUCAGCACAGCAAAAGCUAUGAAGCACUUCUGGAUCUAAAGGCUUUACAGUGCCUGAAUCAUUUCAAGAUCCUCUGCGGAGAUGUAGCCAGAAGGAUGGCUAGUGUGUACAAAGCAAGGUUGAGUAUGUCGGGGUCUGAGGACAAGUUGUACAGGAUGAGUCAUCAGAGAGCCAGAGGGAGGGAGAGAGAGAAUCACAAUACAGCCCACGUCUAUGGUUGCAUUCAUUUAGGUCUAAUUUUAAACCUGUAAGCUGAAGCCAAUGAUAACGUUAUUCCAUAGGGCAUCAUUUGUUGUAAAAUAAUUGUUUUUAUCACACGUUUGUCUGUGAAUCCGUUGUUUAUACUGAUCACAAGCCCUCAAAAGUCCUCCUUCAGCCACAGAAACCCUGUGCAUGUGUCCUGUCUCCCACAUAAUUCACUGGCAUUGCAUUCGUUUCUGAAUGUGUGUGUGUGUGUGUGUGUGUGUGUGUGUGUGUGUGUGUGUGUGUGUGUGUGUGUUCAGAGGCUGCGCUGAUUUUAUAUAAAGCUGCCAAAACCAGACUUUUUCAUCUUUGUUCCAGAGCUGCCACAUUUACAUUUCAAUAGAGUCAAAAAAGAUAGAUAAGAAAGGAAGAGGACAAAAUAUGAAAAAUAAUCCAGUAGAAACACUCGAGAUGUUCAGCAGUGUCAGGAUCUUUAGCUACAUGAACACAAUGACAUUUAAAUUAAAGUAAAGUCAGGCAGCUCAGGUCCGGACCACUGCAACGCCGUCGUACAGGACUACAGGUCUGAGACCAAAACAGAACCACAUACAAAUACAAAACUCCCCAAUAUUCUAUAAAGUGCAAGCUUAACUGCCCAAAUACGCCGAUUGCCCCUCUGUUCCCAGCCAUUAUUUAAUUAACAUCUAGUUUGAUUAGGUUAAUUGAUUAAUAAUUAACCAAUGUUAUUUUGUGUAGUGGGAGUUAUGACUAUUAAUCUGACUAAUAACCUAAAGGUGAUUCUACCAUAAGCCAAAACAUUAGGUGAGUGACACAGAAAGAUUGCUGAAGGUGUAUCAGCAGCGUGAUGUACGUCAUCAUCCUCAGAGAUGAUGAUUUUGAUAUAUAAUAAUUUUGUGAUGUCCUCAAACCACCUAGAUGAUGAGAACCGUAACAACAAUGAAAUAUAUGAUACAUGUAAUAAACUAGCAGAGUUUCUAAUAAAGAAGUCCUUAGAUGUAGGAUGAAAUCAGUAAGAGCCGUAAGUUGUUUAUGUUCUCCGUAGAAAUCUCUGAUUAUUAACAGAUCCAUCAGUGAGAUGCCUUCACAAACUUCUUCCCAUCGCCUUUAUCCAGCACUUCUUUCAUGUACAGUGUUCAUUAGUUUGGUUUGGUGUUGCACCAUGAGCAUGAGAUCUUACCCUGAAUUCACAUCAGACAACAGGAGCGUAAUCAAAAAGCCAGGAAGGAGGAAGAGCGAAAGCUGCACAGCUGUAUUUACAACACAGCUCAUUGGACAUGAAGAUUAGAUUAACUGUGACCAGACACAGUAAAAAUAACCAAGUCACCUCAGAGCUUCAGAAUAAGGGUGUGAUACGAGUGGAAAAGAAUUCUAGGCGUUAUAUAAAAUGUGUGUGUUGUCGUACACACGUCCGGUGUGAGUCGUCCUUCACACUAGUGUAAAUACAGCACAUUUAUUUAAAUCAGCUAAUUAUAUCUCACUCUCUCUUUCUGGAGUUCAGCAGUCGCUGGUGUGUGAUUUAGGAUUCAGAGCUGGAAGUAAAAGUUGGCUCUUACACACGAGGCGUUGUCAUUAGUGUCCUGUAAAGGUUGACACCUGAAGGAGGAGCGAGCAUCGUGGUCGUGACGAGAGCCGUGUGUGUGUGUGUGUGUGUGUGUGUGUGUGUGUGUGUGUGUGUGUGUG